UUGGCAAAGAGCUACACAAUGAAUGAGAUACCUGCUUUUAGAUCAGACCUCUGGACCCCAGCCAGCUUUCUGCUGAGCUGGUUGGCAGGACACAGGAGUUGGAUAUGCAAGAGUCUGAACAAUCUGCUGCUUUCCAUGGCCUCCCCCAGGUAAAAGAAACUUCAGCUUUUUCCAACAGGAAGAGGGUAGCUGAGAUCUGGAAGUCAUGUCUGGAACAUUCUGCAAGGAAAAUAGCAGCAUAAACAACUGAGCAAGGACUUGUGCGGACUUGGUGAACACAGCAGGACCCUUUUGAUUUUACAAGUUAUAGAAACAUGAAGCUGUUGUUUUACCUGUGUCUUUUAAUUAUUGGGAUUCAUUCUGAAAGUUAUUACUAUGAGCGUUAUCAACAAGGUGCAAGGAACCAGAAUCAAAGAGGCCCAGGAAACCAAAAUAUGCUACAGCAACCUAUAGGGAAGAGUGUUUGUCGUUUUGCCUGUUGUUUCUACAAAGAGAUUUCUUCUCGUGAAAAAAAUGGGAAUAUUUUCUUUUCUCCUUUGAGCAUCUCCACUGCUCUUGCGAUGCUGACUCUGGGUGCUAGGUCAGACACUCUGACACAGCUUCUCAGGGUCCUUAACCUUAAUCCACGUGAUAUUUCUGAAAACAACGUACAGGAAGGUUUUCGUCAAGUCAUGCAAAUGCUAAACAGAAGAAAUAAAGAGUUACAGGUGAAUAUGGGAAAUGUGCUGUUUGUACUUGAGCAACUGAAACCACAAAAUCGAUUUUUAAAUAAUCUCAGAAACUUUUAUGAAGGAGAAGUUUAUCCUAUGAACUUCAAGAAGGCUGAUCAAGCCCAGGUGAAGAUCAAUGAAUAUGUAGCAGAAAGAACCAAUGGGAAAAUCAAGGACCUCAUAAGUAACCUUGAUCCACUUACUGAACUUCUCCUCAUUAGCUAUAUUUAUUUUAACGCUGAGUGGGAAAAACCCUUUGAUCCAAAAUACACUAAAAAGGAGAAAUUCUUUAUGGAUGGGAAUAAGGUUAUUCAAGUCCCGAUGAUGUUUGGAAUGGGCCUGUUCAAGCAUGGCUAUGAUGAACAACUGUCUUCCACUGUGUUACAAAUGGAUUAUAAAGGAGGUGCUACAGCCUUUUUUAUUCUGCCUGAUCAAGGAAAAAUGAAGAAAUUGGAAAAAAGAUUGUCCUGUGCACGUAUGUCAAGAUGGAAGACAUUAGUCUCAAAAAGCUCAGCAAAUGUGUAUCUUCCAAAAUUCACUAUUUAUGGGAAGUAUAAUCUAAAAAAUGUGUUAUAUAAAAUGGGCGUUGUGGAUGUAUUCACUGAUAAGGCUGACCUCUCUGGCAUCACUGGACAGCCACAGCACAGAGUUUCCCAGGCUAUUCAUAAGGCUGUGGUAAAGGUGGAUGAGACUGGCACCGAAGCCGCAGCUGCCACAGGCAUGGAAAUAGUGCCCAUGUCCGUUCCUGCUACCAUUACAUUCAACAGGCCCUUCCUAACGAUCAUAACUAUGGAUAACUCUAUAUUGUUCAUGGGAAAAAUUGUGAAUCCCCUGAAAAAAGAUUAAGUUGAUAUACUUGUUAGGUAUGCAGCGAUCACCACUUUUAAACACAGUUCGACCUAAUGAGUAUAGCAUGACUACAGAGGGCUCUCCAUCUGUUAAUCUAUGAUAUUCAGUGUUUUAUUUUUUAAAAAUGAGACUCUUCAUCAAUUGCAUGUUUUUGGGGGCCUUCUAUUUUUAUUUUUUAAAGAGGUUUGCAUUCAGGCAAAAUUGUCAUUAAAUCUAGGACAAAAUAGAUAUAUAUGCGUAAUACUGACAGCAUAGACGCAUCUUCUAGCAGGAAAGAUGGGGAGCAUGUGGGUGGAGAGAAUUUUGUAAACCUGUUUCUUCCUUCACCUCUCUUUGUAUUGACUGACAAAUGGGUACAAGUUAUGGCACUGUGCUACUUGUCUCCAUUUUCCUACCAUCAUGAAGUUCAAAUCUAGCACAGUGCUUAACACACGUAAUGCUUACUGCCUGGUAUAUACCAUCGCUGUCCAGUGAGUCUGAUAUAUCCCUGCCUUUCAGCUGUUGCACUAUCCAGGCUGCUGCAAAAGGAUUUAAAGAAGGUGCAUUUUUUCCCCCCUAUAGAUAUAUACUGGCCUCUACAUUACAGUCCAAAAGCUUUUCAGGGCAGACAUGUCAGAAUUGGAUCUAAGAAAGGAAGAAGUAGAUCAGAUCUUUGCAAUUCAGAUCUCUGAAAUAGGCCUCUGUAAAUCAGAUACACAGCUUAGAGCAGCCAAAGGAUGACCCUUAGCCUAUGCCAAUCCCUGAAGCAGCUUCUAGAAGAUGCCAAGCAGCAGAAAACAUCAACCAUCUUCUCUUUGUGAUAGUGCUUGUACAUUACCUCUCAGCGCUGGGAGAGCACUUGCAGCAGCAGUAAGCACCAAUCCAGUAUUUUUAUGGGAUUUUUGUGUACUUAUAUCCCAUCUCUGACAUUUAC